AUGACAUCGGACGACAUACGUGAGAAAUUAAUUGCGCAAAAUUUAAUUGGCCUUAAGGAGACUAAUAUCAAAGUUGUUUAUACAUAUCCAAUCAAGCCUGAUAAGCGAUCCAAAAACUGUGUAGUAGAGGUAUCACCUUUGGUUUAUUACAGACAUUCUAUCAUCGUUGGUGAUUUCAAUGCAGAUAUGCUUGUCAAUUCCUAUGAUAGCCAUCAAUUAUCUAUGUUCCUUAAAUCCUCAGGCCUUCACUUGGUCCCUUAUCAGGCUACUCAUAACUUGCAACACUCUAGCACUUUGCUUGAUCUUUGCAUCAUUGACGAUCCCAGCAAGCUUAUUGAUUUCGGACAACAUGAUGUGACUUUUCUGUCUGCGCACGAUCUCAUUUUUAUCAAAUAUAAACUGAGUGUCAAAAGAAUAUGUGACAGAAUGAUUACCUGCAGGAAUUUUAGUAAUUUUAAUGAAGAUGCUUUUUUACAUGAUGUUGCAAGUAUUGACUGGAGUGAGCUAACAUCGUCUGUGUCUUUGAAUGAAAAGAUUGAAAUCCUUAAUGCAAGUCUUCUUGAAUGUAUAGAUCAUCAUGCGCCUCUUCAACGUAAAUGCUUUAAGAAACUCCCUGCAUCUUGGCUCACUUUUGACAUCAAAAAUGCAAUGCGAGAAAGAAACAGGGCACAUAGAAAAUGGCGCAGAAAUGCCACAGAAGACUCGUAUCGCAUAUUCAAGAGAUUGAAAAAUGAUGUUCAAAAAAUGGUUUGCACUGCACGCAGUGACUAUUAUAUGUCUUUCUUUUUGAACAUUGAGAAUCCGGGUUUAAUUUGGAGCAAUUUAAGAUACCUGGAACUUGUGAAAGCUAGAGAUAUAAGCAAAUGUCUCUCUCACUCUACUGACACACUGAAUGACUUCUUUGUUAACGCUGCUGGUAGUUGUGAUAGUUUGAAGAUAAAGACAAAUGCCAUUGGUGUGGAUGGUAUUCCUAGCAAAAUCAUCAAGCUUGCCUCAACUUACAUCAUGCCUGUCAUUGAGCACAUUUUUAAUUACUCUCUGACACAUGGUAUCUUUCCAGACUGCUGGAAAUCUUCCAUUAGUAGUCCAAUACCAAAAGUAAAAAAUCCUACUUUGCCACUACAUCGGCCUAUUGCAAUACUCCCGGCAAUAUCUAAAGCUCUUGAAAGAGUUGUCUGUGUGCAGAUUCAAAACUAUUUGGAGAAAAAUAAUCUCUAUGAUUCCCACCAGUAUGCAUACAGAAAGGGACACUCUACUCAGACUAGCAUAAUUAAGUUACUAGACGAUGCAAGAAAUGCUGCAGAUAAAAGAAUGGUCACCAUCACUGUCUUUUUUGACCUGUCAAAGGCUUUUGACAGAGUGCAACAUCACAUUCUUUUGAAGAAACUUGAGGCUCUAGAUUUUUCAAACAUCGCUUUGCGCUGA